AUGCGUGCGCUGGGCGUCGAAACCUUAUUUGUAUCCAAUGCGGCCGGUGGGAUGAACCGGGAUUUUAAGGUUGGAGAUAUUGUAUUGAUACAGGAUCAUAUCAACCUGUUCCCCGAACAUCCGCUGAGAGGAAGGAAUGAUGAGCGCUUCGGCCCAAGGUUCCCGGACAUGAGCGAGCCUUAUAACUAUGCAUUGCUGGACCUGGCCACAACGAUUGCCAGUGAACAACAAUUACCCAUACACCGCGGUAUCUAUGCCGGUCUGCAAGGCCCGACUUUUGAAACCCGCGCAGAAUACCAUUGGCUUCAUACCUGUGGCGCCGACCUCGUAGGCAUGAGUACGGUACCGGAAGUGAUUGUGGCGAUCCACGGCGGCAUGAAGGUGUUUGGCGCCAGUAUUGUUACCGAUAUGGGCAUCCGCGAAGAGCUGAAUAAGAUCACGCAUGAAGAAGUGCUGGCGGCGGCCAAUGAAGCGGCUCCCAAGCUGGCGGCACUCGUUGCUGAGCUGAUCGCACGUAUGUAA